UAAAAUACUAUAAACAUAUCUUAAUAUAAGAAAGAAAUACACAAAAAUAAAACAAUGACUUACAAAAUAUCAUGACAAUAAUGAAAAAUAAUAAAACCUUCAAGAAAAUUAAUAAAAAUCGAACAAAUUAAAACAGUAUAAGAAUACAAUUUUAAAUAAAAUAAUUAAGAAAAACAAAAACUAUCUAAGUAAUUAUAAUAAAAACUAAUAAUUAUUUUAAAAUUAUUAAAUAAAAAUAUUGAGAAUUUAUUUAAGAAAUAUACUUAAGUACAAUAAAUUUUAUUAAAAAAAAGAAAAUUUUAAAAGAAUGGCUCGUGUUGGUGCCAGUGAUAAUUUACAACCAAAAUCUAGUUUUGAUAUACAAAUGACACAAUCAACCAAAGGAAAUAAUAAUGAAAAUAGUAGUGGUGGUGAAGGUGGCAGUUGUGAAAGUUCUAGUGGUGAUAACAGCAGUUCUAAUGGAAUAAAAUUAAAAAAAGAAAUUUCAUUAUUAGAUGGUGUUGCAAUUAUUGUUGGUGUUAUAGUUGGAUCUGGUAUAUUUGUUAGUCCAAAAGGUGUUUUAAUACAUUCCGGUUCAAUAUUACAAUCAAUAAUUGUAUGGAUAUUAUCUGGUAUAUUAAGUUUAGUUGGUGCCUUAUGUUAUGCUGAAUUAGGAACUAUGAUACCAAAAUCUGGAGGAGAUUAUGCUUAUAUUGAUGUGGCAUUUGGUCCUUUACCAGCAUUUCUAUAUUUAUGGGUUGCUUUAUUAAUUCUUAUUCCAACUGGAAAUGCAAUUACAGCAUUAACUUUUGCACAAUAUCUUUUACAACCAUUUUGGCCAUCAUGUGAAGCACCAGUUGAAGCGGUUCAAUUAUUAGCUGCAGUAAUAACAUGCUUUUUAACGAUGGUCAACUGUUAUAAUGUUAAAUGGGUAACCAGAAUAACAGAUAUUUUUACAGGAACAAAAAUUUUAGCACUUUUAAUAAUCGUUGGAGCUGGUGCUUAUUAUUUAUUUACUGGUAAUACUGAAAAAUGGGAUUAUCCAUUAGAAGGCUCACAACUUUCACCAGGCUUUAUUGCAUUAGCUUUUUAUAAUGGUUUAUUUUCAUAUUCUGGUUGGAAUUAUUUGAAUUAUGUCACAGAAGAAUUAAAAGAUCCGUACAAAAAUCUGCCGAGAGCAAUCUGUAUAUCAUUACCAUUAGUUACAACAAUUUAUGUUGUAACAAAUAUUGCAUAUUUCUCAGUAUUGACACCUGAUGAAAUUUUAUCAUCAGAAGCAGUUGCUGUAACGUUUGGAGACAAAAUGCUUGGUUUUAUGGCAUGGUUGAUGCCAUUUUUUGUUGCAUGUUCAACUUUCGGUGCUCUUAAUGGUGCUAUUUUUGGUGCUUCCCGUUUACUUUUCGUUGGAGCUAGAAAUGGUCAUUUACCGGCAGCGAUAUCUUUAAUUAAUGUAAAAUUCUUGACGCCAAUUCCAUCAUUAUUAUUUUUGGGUGUUGUUACUUUGAUUUUACUAUUCAUCCGAGAUAUGUAUGCCUUAAUAAAUUAUGUACAAUUCGUAGAAGCAUUUUUCACUUUUAUGUCAAUUUCGGGAUUACUGUGGUUAAGGAAAAAGAAUCCAGAUAGUAAUAGACCUAUAAAAGUUAAUUUAUCAUUACCAAUAUUAUAUUUGAUAAUAUGUGGAUUUUUAAUGAUAUCAUCCAUAUACGUAUCACCAAUGGAAGUUGGAAUUGGUUCAGCUAUAAUUGUAUCUGGUAUACCAAUUUAUUACUUAACAAUAUAUAGGCCAGUUGAAGUUCUGACAUCUAUGUCACAAAAAUUGAAUAUCUGGUGUUCAAAAUUCUUUUUAUGUAUGCCAAAUCAAGAGAAAAUCGAUUAAUUAGAGAUUUUAAUAUAAAAGAAAAGACAUUUUUAUUAUUUAAUAGAAGUUAAGAUAUUUGUAUUUUUAUUACGUAAAUUGAUUAAGAAAUUAUUAAUUUAAGGACGAAAUUUAAAUUCAAUGAAGCUCUAAAUUUUAAAAUAAAAAUAGAAAUAUAUAUAUGUAUAUAUAUAUAUACAAUUUAAUAUUUGUAACAUAAUAUUAGUAUGCUAAAUAACAUUAAGUAUGUAUGUCGUUUCUAUAUAUAAACUAUAAAGUAGGAUUUUAUUUAAAUCUAAAAGUAAAUUUUUUUAAAGUCUGUGAUUGCUAACCAAACAAGUUUUUGUGUUUUUAUAACUUAUUUAAAUUCAAUACGUAACUUACAUAAUAAAAUUUUUUAAAUUAAUGGCUUUACGAUGAUCGACAAAGCGAAUUAAUAAACUAAUGAAAUUAGCUUGACGAAUUAAACAGCAUUUCAAAUAAUAAUCGACGAAUGAUU